AUGCCUGCCAACGCCUCCCAUGACCUUCUCACCACAUGCUCAUUACAUGUCAUGUUCUCAAAAGCUAAAGAAGCAGAUAUUGGCCAAGGAUCUGAACAGUUUUUUUCCUCACUGGUGACCCAGACCUUCACCCUCCUAAAGAUCAUCGAGGUCCUAAUGACACUCCUCAAACCGUCCCAGUUGGGAAUCACAGCAAGCACUGGAGCUGCCACAAAUAGGCUCCAGGGCCAAACUAUCCAUUCCUGGGCUGGUCUAACAAGCUCAGAGAUCAUAAUGUCAGGCAGUUUUCUCCAAUUGCCCCCAAUACCAUUGGGAGGCAAAUCUGUCCAGUUUGCUUUCCAAUCUCUGGUGUGGGAUGCCGCCUUCAAAGACAAUCACAUCAGGUUAACCACUGUAUAUUGGCAGAAUGAAGAAGGUACACUUGUCCUAACCGCUGCUACUGAUGACUAA